AGAGAUCAAGAUUUAUUAACAAAUAUCAUCAAACCGAACAUCUUGGCAUUGAGCUCACUUCGAUCGUCUUCAAAUAAAAUUAAUGAACUCUCUUCCAACCCCUCUUCGUCUUCUGCUCUCAAGUCGAAGUUUUUUUCAAAGAAUAACAUACAACCAUCCACUACGCCCUCUUCUUUAUCUAAAACCAGAACUGUGUCUGCAACUGGAUCGGGAAAAUCAAAUACCAGCAAACCUUUGCGUAAUUUAGUGAUUGCACUUAGUGGAUACCAGAACCCUUUGCGUGCAGACCUCCGUCAGAAAGCAAUCGCACUUGGAGCUCUUUAUAACAAAGAAUGUUGUGCAUUUUCCAACACACCAAAAUUCAAGGCUGUAUGUGGUAAAGGUAUCAUAGUUACUGAAAAGUGGCUCAACGAUUGCUAUCAACAAAAGCGUCUGCUGGAAUGGCGGCCUUAUCGUCAGGGUAGAGCUUCUACUCCCCCGAAUGCGGCGGCUCUACCCUCAACUUCAUAUUCUGUCCAUCCUAUUUCUACAUUUGAUUCUUCAAGCAUGAAUGCCGAUAGUUCAAGAUUUCCUGACGCAAAAAUUGACCAAAAUGGAUAUAAGAUUGCAAGCAAAGUAAAAUCCAGUUUCCGAAGUCUCAAUGGUUGA